AUGUUCGCUGUACAGGAGGAAAAGUGCCAACAGGUGGGCGGCAAUCUAGGCCGUGGAGGAGAACAGCAAGUUCAGGAAUUAAUACACCUCGUCGAGGGGCUGCAGAAGCAAGUACAAGCAAGUGACGAUUGGUGCAAGCACCUUGAAGAGCGUUCCUCUGAAGAACAACAGAAGCAUAAGCAGGAGCUGGGUGCUCUCCGCCGGCAGAUUAUAGAGUUGCAAGAGGAGCUGAAACAAAAAGGCCGCAAAUAUACUAGUCCACCCUCAUCGCCAACGGAGGACAAAGAGAGGCAACAGGUGCAGCAAGAGCUCGACAUGGUUUCCCAAGAGCGUCGUCAGCUACAGCUGCUUGCUGCAGAGCAUGCAAAAGCCAAGGCAUGCGCUGAACAAGAGCAAAUGCGACUCCAAAACGAGCUGGCUGCGAAUCAAGAACGAACGAGGGAUCUUGAACAUCAGUUGUUGCUUGUGGACCAGCAACUACUCGGGAUUCUCAAUCAGGCCACGGCGCAUAGCGAAACUACCGCUGGGCUAACUCACUUAGAGCCCAGCCCACCACUCGGCACUUGGGCUUUGAAAAAGCUGCAGGGGAUGCGGGAAACGCUAAGAGGAAUUGACGGAAAGGCGCCAUUGGCACGGACGACACCAGCACGGCGCCAGCCUCCUUUAGAAGCUGCAACCUUUGCACCCCUGCAAAAAUUAUCACCAGACUCGGCAAGGCAUGCUGAAAACGUGAAAGGCCAGGUCCCAAGCCUUACGGAGCAGCAGCAGUGUUUACGAGCAUUAUCUCAGCAGCGUCCCACGACCCCGCAGUACCACCACCCAGCUCAACUUGUACAAGAAGCGCAAGCUAGUCCGCCAACCAGGCAGCUCCCGGAAUCCGACUCGAAUAAAAACCAACCACAGCAGCAACAAGCGGGGCGCUGGACAAACGAGCGAUGUGAACCUCCCACGGGCCAUCAAGGUAUGGCAGAGCGACAGCACGCCGAUCUGCAGCCGGCAGCAGGUAAUUGUGGGGAUUUAAAAACUGCAGGGGAGAUUCAGCACCAGCGUAUUUAUUUGCCACAAGGCGCCCAUGUUGUUCCAAGAAGCCAGCAACUCAAGGAGCAGCUCAGCAGGCAGCGCACCCAUAGGCAGCAGCUGUUACAGCAGUGCGCCCAUCCGCCUCAGCAGACGUUAUACACCCAAAUGAACCCCCAUUUGCAAGCUUCUUUCUCCUCCACGUUCAGGGAUCCGCAAGUGGCUGUUCAGAACUAUGCAGUGUGUUCCUUUCCGUUGCAGCUGAGGAAGGGGACCAACCCGGGUCCCGCAGCGGAACAUCGCUUUCGUGGCGUUUCUCCCCAGUGCAACGGGGGCAUGACGCCCCCGAGGGUGAAUGCGCGUUGUUUAGGGUUCAAUGUAACAUAG